AUGAAGAUUAAAUCACAAUAACAAAGUCAUGCUAGCUAGCUACAGUGUUCAAAAGCUCUUUAUAAUAUCCCCCACCACAGAACCCAUUGAUAUCCCAAUCUCAUCCAUUUCAUUCUCUUUGCCUAGUUUCUGUCCAUUCCCCCAACCAAACCCACCCACAGAAGCACAUGGCGUCUCCCAAUAGACUCUCUCUUGCCAUGGAGAGAACCGGGCAAUGGGUUUUCUCUCAAGAAAUCCCAACUGAUGUUAUAGUUGACGUUGGAGAAGCUACUUUCUCUCUCCACAAGUUCAUGCUAGUGGCAAAGAGCAACUUCAUAAGAAAACUGGUAAUGGAAUCAAAAGAGAGUGAAAUAACAAGAAUCGACCUCUCUGAUAUACCAGGAGGCCCUGGGAUCUUCGAGAAAGCAGCCAAAUUCUGUUACGGCGUCAACUUCGAGAUAACGGUCCAUAACGUCGCGGUUUUGCGCUGCGCUGCGGAGUUUCUCCAGAUGACCGAUCAGUUCUGCGAAAACAACCUCGCCGGCCGGACGGAGGACUUCCUCUCACAGGUCGCUUUCUUCACCCUCACCGGUGCCGUCACCGUCCUCAAGUCCUGCCGUCACCUUCUUCCCUAUGCUGAGGAACUCGGCAUCGUUAAACGCUGUGUCGAAGCCGUCUGCGCCAAGGCAUGCAGCGAGGCCAAUUUCCCCAGUCGCUCGCCGCCGAACUGGUGGACGGAGGAACUCGCGGUUCUCGACAUCGAUUUCUUCGGGAGAGUCAUCGCCGCCAUGAAACAGCGCGGUGCUAAGUCUCUCACCUUAGCCAGUGCACUGAUUACCUACACGGAGCGAGCGCUCCAGGAUCUAGUCCGCGACCACACCGGCAAUGGAAUCCGGUCGUCAGAUCCCGGCGAUUCGGAUUCCAGAUCCAAGCAACGGAAGCUUCUCGAGUCCAUCGUGGAUCUCUUCCCCUCCGAGAAAGCCGCGUUUCCCAUCCACUUCCUCUGCUGCCUCCUCCGCUGCGCUAUCUACCUCCGCGCCUCCACCGCCUGCAAGACCGAGCUCGAGAAGCGAAUCUCGGCGAUCCUCGAGCACGUAACCGUCGACGACCUCCUCGUCCUGUCGUUCACCUACGACGGCGAGAGACUUUUCGAUCUGGAAAGUGUGCGCAGGAUAGUUUCAGGAUUCGUGGAGAAAGAAAAAAGCAGCGCUGUCUUCGCCGCCGGAGAAUUCAGAGAGCCUUGCUCAGGCCCGAUGCUGCGCGUGGCCAAAAUCGUCGAUGCAUAUCUCGCCGAGAUCGCCGGGUACGGUGAACUCAGCAUCUCGAAGUUCAACGGCAUCGCCAUCCUAAUUCCUAAAAACGCGCGUAAGGUCGACGACGAUCUAUACCGUGCCGUGGAUGUCUAUCUGAAGUCGCACCCGAAGCUUGACGAAAUAGAGAGAGAGAAGGUGUGCAGCGUGAUGGAUCCGUUGAAACUGUCGUACGAAGCGCGUCUGCACGCGUCGCAGAACAAGCGUUUGCCAGUGCAGAUCGUGCUUCACGCGCUUUACUACGACCAGUUGCGGCUGAGGAGUGGGGUGGAGGAGAGGGACUCGGGGGCGGAGAGGAACCACCUUCAGGUGGAUGUGUCGUUGGUGAGGGAGAACGAGGAGUUGAGGACAGAAUUGAUGAAGAUGAAGAUGUUCAUUUCGGACAUGCAGAAGAGCGUUCCGAAUUCUCAGGGACAUGGAACGACGUCGUCUGUGUCCUCUAAGAAGACCACGUUCUUCUCUUCCAUGUCCAGAACGCUUGGAAAGUUGAACCCCUUCAGAAAUGGGUCUAAGGAUACCACUCAUUUAGAAGAUGGGAACGUGGAUUUCACUAAGCCCAGGAAGAGAAGGUUCUCUGUAUCUUAAAUUAUAAUGCAACCCUCUUCCUUCUUAGCUUUCUGUGUCUUUCUUGGUGUUUGUAAUUUCUGUUGCCUAUGCGCAGAAUUCAUAUAUAGCUCGGGUUAAGUUUGUUGAGGGAUCAUGGAUCAUGCCAAUAUUCAUGAAAAAAAUAUAAAAGUGAUGCCAUGUUAUUCUGAAUCUUGCAAACUUCUCAUCGUAUUGUGUAGAUUAUUUGUUUAAUAUAAUGUGUAUAUGUUCUUUAGGAAACUAGUUUUGCCAUCAUUUUUAUGCCCUUUUUAUUCUUCUUCUAUAAACAAAUUUGCAUUUUGUGCGUGUGAACUGUGAAACUCACGUUCAGAGUAUGUAAAACAGACUUAAAAUUAUGAUGUUUGGCAAAACUUUCUUUGCUCAAUAUCACUCUGGCUAAGUUGACGCAGUUGCCAGUACAUGAAAUUAUAUUUUUAAAAUAAAUUAUAAACUUAUAUUAUCAAAUAUAUUCUCUUUUAUCUAACUAUCAACGAAUUUUUU